AUGUAUAAUUUAAGUAGAAUAUGUUUUCUAAGAUGGAACGCUUCAUGGACAUAUAAAUUAAAGAGAUAUCACAUGUCCCCAAGAUGGAAUGUUAGUAAAUGGUUAGUUAAGGAAGAAUACAAAUCUCAGAAAUUUAGUAAACCAUUUUAUUUAACAAAAUGGGGAAAUUUCAAAACAGUUUAUAAUCAAUUUUCAGCCAAUAGCGGAGCUUUUAACAAAUUUUGUGAUAUGAACAAAUUACAUGAGAAUGACAUUAAUUGUAGAAAAUAA